AUGGGCACAGACGCCGAUCGAGAUCGAGAGGACCGACGAACCUUCAGCCGAUUGAAGAUUGCCUUCCAGGGCCGGGCAUCGAAUUGGCCAGUCCAUCAUCUGAAAACUUUCCAACAAAUUUCGGUCCUUGGGUCAAUGCGAUACUCAACUUAUUGCACCGAUAGAGAUGGAUCGAACUUUUGGAAACACGAGACAAAAGCACGCGCCCAACGCCUGGUUGACACAGUUUCGAGACUGACUCGUAACCAAUCUUCCGAGAUACAAUGGAGACUAGACAUCGAGAAGAUCGUCUACAAACGCUUCGAGCUAGAGAUUAACUGCCCCUCUUGUAAAAACCGAUUAUGGCGAUCGGAAAUUGAAGCAGAGCCCGAGGUUUCAGAUGAGAUAACUAAAUCACUUCAAAAGCGUCGUGUUGAUCGGGCUCCAUGCUCUUGCACCGCCGAAGUAAAACUUCGUAAUCAAGGAAGUAUAGAUUUAAAUCGCAAUUUUGACUACCGAGCCGAUGAAUUUAUAAUUCAUGGAGGAGAAGCACAUUAUGAUUUAAGACCUCGAAAGCCCGAUAGAGUGUACGGUCUACAGCAAACGAAAUUCUUCGCUCAAGCACUACAAGUAAUAACAGCAGCUAUCCAGGAUCGAGUCACAGAAGAAGGUGAACUCGAAGAAAAUUUCAAGGCAUUCCAAUUUACCCCAUUCGAGGAACGGGCACGACCAUUGAUAUUUCCUUUCCUUAUCUCAGAAGCGAAAACCGAGAGGGGCGAUAGUUUCGAUGCAUGCGAGCGUCAAACAGCGUUUCCUAUCUGGACGUUGCUCAGAAUGCAGGAAGUGCUGCAAGCCAGAUCUAAUCAACGCCUGACUGAACAGGGAGGAUCUCUCGUCUGGUUUUUUGCAAAUCGAGGAGAGGAAUGGAGGCUUUAUGGAUGCUUUACAGACAUUGAAGAGUAUGGUACAGAUCAAUAUACAUCAUAUAAUAUCCUGGACCUGUGGACCGGCCGUCUGGACUCGCCAGAUGGCGCUCUACAAAUAUUGCUACUUGUCGACUAUAUCUUUGAUUGGGCGCGAGAUCUCUACCGUCAUGGUAUUGCUCGGCUCCUCAAAACGCUAUGCAAGAAGGCCUCCGGGAAAGAACUUAAUGAUACUAUUAGUAUCUCACUAGACACGGAUUUCUUUUCUAUAAACCAAGAGGUGGUAGCCUUGCAAGAGCAAAUGGAAUUGGAUCCUCCUUCCCACCAAGGAGUGGCCACCUGGCAACACCAAAUGGAACUGGAUCCUCCUGCUCCCCAGUUUGCUGAGAUAGUGGAAAAUCCUGAUCUCUGUGAAGUAAAAUUUAAGCAAUGGCAAAACACAGACACAGUGGCUGGUGCUUUCAGGGACCCGACCAUUAUUGAGACUUCCUUUGAAUGUGUCCAAUUCACGAAUGAUGUUUUCCACACUCUCUUGGCACCAUUCAUCACCAGCGGGAUUCCCGAAGAACGUCUACAGCAAUUCACUUUAGCAAUAAAGGAAGCUGUUGCAGGCCAUGCGGUGAUGAUUUCAGAUGAUGUUCUUUCAUAUCUGGAAGAACAAUGGACCGGAAACCGAAGAUUACAUGACGGUGGGGCACCGGGUUCACGUGUCAGACAUGACAUUAUUGUCUACUAUGUCCACUUGUCUGACCGGUGGCAACCAAGACGAGUUAUAGCUUGCAUUGUUUUUAAUCAAGAUGUGAUCAAAACUAUGCGAAGAAAGGCAGGCCGAAAAAUAGCCGUGGGUACUAAAGACGACACUCUACCGGAAGUAACAACUCACGAUGUGGCAACCCUAGUCCAACACUUAAGAGGUCAGUCGAUGAGAGAUAACUUAGUUGCUGCUAUUGAAACUCGAUCGGUCUUCCUAGACAAGCAAGCUAGCGGAACUCCAGGGUUCGAAUCCAAACCAUCUUCGCCUUUCGAAAUUCCAGCUUUGUUUCAAGUUCUUCAAAUCAUAUCUUCACAAGAUCCAAGAGGAUCAAUCGAGCCUCUUACUCGGUUUUCUAGUGUAAUUGAAUUUCAAAAAAUGAACUCCACAGACGCAACAAGCACAUUUAUCGAACCAUACGAGACCUACCCAUCCUUUGGUAGUCCUCACUGUCGAAUCAAAUAUUUAUUGGUAUAUAGCAACACUAUUCGAGAGGUGACGGAGCUCGGGGGCCCGGAGUGGUGUCUCUUCUGCCUCGACACCAAUGGCAACGUUCCAGAUAUCAAGGACCAAUUCAAUCAUCUUACUAACAUCUGGGAAAGGGAUGGUUUCUAUGUCACGUACUACUUCCUAAGUCGAGUAAAAAAGAUCAGUCAUUGGCGACGCUAUACAGACUGGGACUACGCCACAGAAGCCUUGUUGCAAUGGAAAGCAAUGCUAGAAGAUAUCUAUACAAUCAAGUAUCUAGCGAACUUGGCAGAGACGGAGCCCCUUGCCCUGUCAAGUUCUAUGAAACGGUCAAUGGCUGGACGAAGCGGAAGGAAAGACUUUGGACGGUUUGGCAGUAGAAUGAAAUCAUGGGAUAUGUUUAGAGUAAAGAGAGAAUUUGUUGAAGGUGGUUCCGAGUAA